AUGUUGAAUGCUCUUCGGGCUGCCGCCAUUGAAGUCGGGGUGGCGAUCAAUAAGAACGGUUCAAGGCGGCACGACGGCAGACGGUGCUCUCGAACGUUGCUCGGUUUGUGGAUGGAACUGCAGCAUCCGAAGAUGAAAACCUACUUGAUGUUCUUGCUUCUCCUCACCACCGCCAUCACCGCCACCGACUCGACGCCCGCCCGCAAGAAGCACGAGCUCUUCACGAAACUCGGCUUCAAGCGCAUCAAGGCCCCCAACACCCACCACCGAAAGCGGUUGGCGGUGGAGUCCCGCCACCACACCCGCUCCGACGACUCGCACAUGUACGUGAUCAAGCUGCCGCCCAACCCCCAUUACUACGCCCACUACGCCCCCAAUUCCUUCGCCAUUCCGCGCAAGAACAUCCCCGUCGAUUUUACGAGCAACGGCAAGCCCGCCAAAGUCUAUCACUGGAACAUUCCGGUGAUUAAGAAGAUCGUCUCCGCCAAGCACAAAUCGCGAACGACCGACACCAACAUCCCUAACGAUAUAGAUUUUCAGAACGAGGUGUUCGACAAGCCAGAGAAGGAGAGGAAAGCGACGAAACCUACCUAUUACGUGCCUGUGAAACCCAAGAAGGCUUCGUUUAUGAAGUAUUUCCCCGGAAACGGGAAAUUGCACUCGUUCUACGUUAUCGAGAGCAGUAAAAAGGCACAUUAUCACAGGUUGUUGCCAUGACGGUUGCCGAGGGUGGAGAUGUUUGUGCAAUACAAUGGGUCGUUCUAGACUGACGUUUGUGCUUAUAUUUUUCAGUUUUAUAAUUAUGUAUUCUUUGUUUAUUAUUAAUACAUUUUUAUUUAUA